AUGUAUACUUCAAUCGCUUUCAUUGCUGCGACUCUCGCCGCCAGCGCCUUAGCUGUUCCCGUCAGCAACACGACCACCACUUCAAACUACUGCGGUUUUGGGACUAAUGCCGAUGGCUCAUGCGUCAGCCCAACUUCGACCACAACCUCGGCUUCGUCUACUUCCACCUCAAGCGUUUAUUGCGGGUUUGGAACCGCCCUAGAUGGCAAGUGCAAUCCGCCUCCGUCGACCACCACAUCAGCCUCGUCGACGACAUCAUACUACUGUGGAUAUGGCACCGCUCUGGACGGCAAGUGCAAUCCACCUACAUCGACCACCACAUCAACCUCAUCGACGACAACGUACUGGUGUGGAUACGGCACUUCUCUAGAUGGCAAAUGCAAUCCCCCACCAUCAACCACAACCAGCUCAACGGCUACCACCUCUUCCACCUCGCACUGGUGUGGCCUCGGCACUGCUGAUAAUGGGUCUUGCAACUCUCCCUCGACGACGACCAGCAGCACAUCGACCAAGACAACCAGCACCGUCAGCAGCACGACAACAAAAUCCACGACGGUGAGCACAACCAGCAGCGCUAGCAGAACAUCGACCAAGACAACGAGCACCGUCAGCAGCAUGACAACAAAAUCCACGACCGCGAGCACAACCAGCAGCGCUAGCAGCACAACCACUCCGGUCUCCCACUACUGCGGCUAUGGUACAGCAUUGAACGGCCAGUGCAAUUCCGCUCCUCCUACUUCGACCAGAUCGUCAAGCACUGCCAGCAGCACGACUGUAUCUCACUACUGUGGAUUCGGUACCGCUGCCAACGGCCAGUGCUUGCCAGAACCUCCUGUCUCUACAACCACUCCUAACGGCUGCCCCACUGCUAUGACCGUCACCCAAACCGUCACUGCGACCCCGACACUUGCUCCUCACUUCUUCUAUGGUCUCAGCGACUGUGUGGGAUGCCAGACGGUCACCAUCACCAUGGCUGUCCCCACCUCGAUCGGGGCUUGGUAG